CCAAGCUGAACAAUCUCCAUUUUGUGUGAGCUUUUCCACCGACUGAAGCUUUGUCCUCGUGAAAAGGAAAACUCAAAGAACAGCUAAAAACACAAAUUAAGCAGACCAGUCGAUCGCUAACCAGUUAUUAUCCGAAAGGAAAGGAAAUCUUAUCGUAUGUCCGCUAUCCAGAACCUCCAAACUUUCGACCCCUUUGCUGAUGCAACUAAGGGUAAUGACAGGCUCCCUGCUGGGACUGAGGACUACAUCCACAUAAGAAUCCAGCAGCGUAACGGCAGGAAGACUCUGACCACGGUCCAGGGCAUAGCCAUUGACUAUGAUAAGAAGAAGCUAGUCAAGGCCUUCAAGAAGAAAUUUGCCUGCAAUGGGACAGUGAUUGAGCACCCAGAGUAUGGUGAAGUGAUCCAGCUGCAAGGUGACCAGCGCAAGAAUAUCUGCACAUUUCUGAUUGAGAUUGGCCUGGCGAAGGAGGAGCAGCUCAAGGUCCACGGAUUCUAGAAGCUGUCGGCAGCCCUACCCCCCACCCCCUCCUCCCCUGGUCCCGACACUUCCGGCCCCACCCCCGCGCGCUGCCAUCACUGCAGCCCCUCUAAACUAAUGAUAAUGAAUACCUCUGAAUUGAGACUCUUUGCUACCAGUAUAACUCCCCCUCAUACGGGAGAAGUCCAGUGCAAACAUGGACACACGGCUCAACAGAUGACGCGGGAUGAAUGGUGAUUUUGUUUUCUUCACUUCCUUUUUUUUUUAAGUUCACCGUGUGCCACGUGAAGGGCACGAUUUCAUGUAACUUUGUUUUGUACAACAUGUUUCAAUAAAAAUGAUCAGCCCCCCACCCCCAGGAUCCUGUUCUGGUGGGGUGGGAUUUAGGCAGUUGUGGUUUGGUUGGUGGAGCCCUCAACUGCAGUUCCAACGCGUUGCAGGGCUGCCUGCUUCAAAGUUACAGAGUGCAACUGAUGUUCUAAGCAUUGCAGCCUCCCGUCUAAGGUGGUGCCUAACAUUUGUUUUAACAAUAUGCAUGAUUUUCUAAAGCUGUAAUACUAUGAUUUUUAUUUUGACUGGAAUAAAACACAAUGUCCAAUAUCUCCUGA